AUGUCAGCGCCAUCAUCCACACCACCUCCCUCCACCGCCCCGGCAGAUAGCGCCGCGAUGGAUACUGAUUUUCUAGCCCCCGAUGCUGGGCCGAGGCCGCCCGGUCCCACGCCCAGCCAGAGCCGCUUCCAGGUGGACCUUGUUGCCGAGGCAGCAGGCGCAACCGCCGGUGACGAUAAGUCUCCGAGCUCCGACGCCUCCACCACUGUCCCAUCCAGCAGCAGCGACAAGGCCACUCCCGUCGCGGCGCCUCCUCCAGAGGGUCCAGCUCCAGCGGCUCCAGCGGAUCCAGGUGUCUGCGGAGAGGAAGCCAAAGGCCGGUUUCGGGUGGUGAACUUCGCGGAGAGUCCAAGCGGAGCGGAGAGCCCCGUGUCUCCGGACGCAUUGCCGGCUGAGGGGCUCCAGAACGGGGACACGGUGAUGAGCGAGAGCAGCUUGCACUCGUCCACGGGGGGCCAGCAUCACUACCACUACGACACCCACACCAACACCUAUUACCUGAGGACUUUUGGCCACAACACCAUUGAUGCCGUGCCCAACAUCGAUUUUUACCGGCAGACAGCAGCGCCGCUGGGGGAGAAACUCAUCAGACCCACCCUGUCGGAGCUGCACGACGAGUUGGACAAGGAGCCAUUUGAGGAUGGGUUUGCCAACGGGGAUGAGCUGACCCCGGCUGAGGAGGCUGCCUCUAAAGAAGCAGCCGAGUCCAAAGGAGUGGUGAAGUUUGGCUGGGUUAAGGGGGUGCUGGUCCGCUGCAUGUUGAACAUUUGGGGUGUGAUGCUCUUCAUUCGCAUGUCAUGGAUCGUGGGUCAGGCUGGAAUUGCUCUCGCCUGUUUGAUUGUUGCCAUGGCUACCGUAGUGACAACCAUCACCGGCCUCUCCACCUCUGCCAUCGCCACCAACGGAUUUGUACGAGGAGGUGGAGCAUAUUACCUGAUUUCGAGGAGUCUGGGUCCAGAGUUUGGAGGAUCUAUUGGUCUGAUCUUUGCCUUUGCCAAUGCAGUGGCUGUAGCCAUGUAUGUGGUGGGCUUUGCUGAAACUGUUGUGCAGCUUCUUGCCGGUGUAGACGCACUUAUGACAGAUCAGGACAACGAUAUCCGCAUCAUCGGCACCAUCACUGUAAUCCUUCUCCUGGGCAUCUCCGUGGCAGGAAUGGAAUGGGAGGCCAAGGCCCAGAUAUUCUUGCUCAUCGUCCUCAUCACCGCCAUCAUCAACUACUUCAUCGGAAGCUUCAUUCCUGUCACGACAAAGGAAGCUCAGGGCUUCUUUGGCUAUGACGGUAAAAUCAUGUGGGAAAACAUGGGUCCUGACUUCCGAGGCCAGGAGACGUUCUUCUCCGUCUUCGCCAUCUUCUUCCCUGCAGCCACUGGUAUUCUGGCCGGAGCCAACAUUUCAGGAGACCUUGCUGAUCCACAGCUGGCCAUUCCCAGAGGAACCCUUCUGGCCAUAGUGAUCACAGGAAUAGUCUACCUGGGUGUUGCUAUUUCAACAGGCUCCUGCAUUGUGAGAGACGCCACUGGAAAUGCGAAUGACACGCUCAGUGCUCAGUUCAUGACGAACUGCACCGAUGCCGCCUGCAAAUUUGGCUACGAUUUCUCUUCGUGCAAGAGCGAAAAAGGGGACUGUAAGUUCGGACUCCAAAAUGACUUCCAGGUGAUGAGCAUAGUUUCUGGUUUUGGGCCCAUCAUCACUGCUGGAAUCUUCUCUGCCACUCUGUCCUCAGCUCUGGCCUCUUUAGUCAGCGCCCCUAAAGUUUUUCAGGCGUUAUGUAAGGACAACAUCUACCCCGGCCUGGCCAUGUUCGCCAAAGGCUACGGCAAGAACAACGAGCCCCUCCGAGGCUACAUCCUGACCUUCGGCAUCGCUCUGGCCUUCAUCCUCAUCGCUAAGUUGAACGUAAUCGCCCCCAUCAUCUCCAACUUUUUCUUGGCGUCCUAUGCCUUGAUCAACUUCUCUGUAUUCCACGCCUCACUGGCUAACUCACCAGGAUGGCGUCCCAGCUUCAAAUACUACAACAUGUGGGUUUCUCUCGCUGGAGCGAUUCUGUGCUGCGUGGUGAUGUUUGUCAUCAACUGGUGGGCCGCUCUCCUCACCAACGUCAUCGUUCUGGGUCUUUUUAUCUACGUCAGCUACAAGAAGCCAGAUGUGAACUGGGGCUCGUCGACCCAGGCUCUGACCUACCACCAGGCCCUGACCCACACUCUGCACCUCAGCGGAGUGGAGGACCACAUCAAGAACUUCAGACCCCAGUGUUUGGUGAUGACUGGUUACCCCAACUCUCGUCCAGCUCUUCUGGAUCUGGUCCACAGCUUCACCAAGAACGUAGGCCUGAUGAUCUGUGGUCAUAUUCGCGCGGGUUACAGAAGGCCAAACUUCAAAGAUCUGACAACAGACCAGGCCCGGUACCAGCGCUGGCUACUGAAGAACGAGACCAAGGCCUUCUACACGCCUGUGUUCGCCGAGGACAUGAGGCAGGGUGCACAGUACCUGCUCCAGGCUGCCGGCCUGGGUCGACUCAAGCCGAACACCCUGGUGCUGGGCUUCAAGAACGACUGGAGGGACGGCGACAUGAUGAACGUGGAGACUUACAUCAGUAUGAUCCAUGAUUCCUUUGACUUCCAGUUCGGUGCUGUCAUUCUACGACUAAAAGAGGGACUGGAUGUGUCUCAUAUCCAAGGACAAGACGAGCUGCUGUCCAACCAGGAGAAGUCCUCUGGGAUGAAAGAUGUGAUUGUGUCCAUAGACACCAGCAAAGACUCUGACGCAGAUUCAUCCAAGCCGUCCUCCAAGGCCACCAGCCUCCAGAACAGUCCGGCAAUGCAAAAAGAUGACGACGACGACGGCAAAGCUCCAACUCAGCCACUGUUGAAAAAAGACAAGAAGAGCCCGACUGUACCGCUGAAUGUGUCCGACCAGAGGCUGCUGGAGGCCAGCCAGCAGUUCCAGAAGAAACAAGGGAAGGGCACCGUGGACGUCUGGUGGCUGUUUGAUGACGGAGGUCUGACCCUGCUGAUCCCCUACCUGCUGAUCAACAAGAAGAGGUGGAAGGACUGCAAGAUCCGCGUCUUCAUCGGAGGCAAAAUCAACAGGAUUGAUCACGACCGCCGAGCGAUGGCCACUCUGCUGAGCAAGUUCAGGAUAGACUUCUCGGACAUCACCGUGCUGGGAGACAUAAACACCAAGCCCAAGAAGGAGCACGUGUCGGCCUUUGAAGAGAUGAUCGAGCCGUAUCGGCUGAAGGAAGACGACAUGGAGCAGGAGGCGGCUGAGAGGCUGAAGGACAGCGAACCCUGGAGGAUCACUGACAACGAGCUGGAGCUGUACCGCGCCAAGACUAAUCGUCAGAUCAGACUCAACGAGCUGCUGAAGGAGCACUCAAGCACAGCCAACCUCAUCGUCAUGAGUCUGCCAUUGGCCAGGAAAGGCGCGGUGUCCAGCGCUCUGUACAUGGGCUGGCUGGAGGUCUUGUCCAAAGACCUGCCUCCCCUCCUCCUGGUGCGCGGCAACCACCAGAGUGUCCUCACCUUCUACUCUUAAAAAAAACAAACAAACCCAAGUUUUUAAAAUCUCACAUCCACUUCUGCCUCUGGGGGAGCAGACCCACAUACACAUCCCAGUUCCAGUCCAGACCUAAAGGUGCACCACAUACACUCCAGAGACGGUAGAAAACACAGCCACUGACGGAAUCAAUGCUGGUAAUAUGAAUAAAGAUGAAGGAAGUGCUAUUGGUUGAGAUGUGUAAAAGCCCUAAAAAGAGAUAGAGGAAUGUCGGGGUUUGGGUGGGAAAGGGGGGGGGUGGUUGUAAGGUUGCCCACUCUGCUCUUUUUCUUUCUAUUUAUUCCAAGAUGUCUGGGUUUUUUCUCUUGUAGCUCUAGUUUCUUAUAAUUUCCUCAUGACAUUUUUUCAUUUUUGUCGAAGUUGAUUUCUCUCAGGCUCCAAAGCAGUCGUGCACAAUGUUCACAUUGUCGUCCUCAUGAUAUCUUGAUGUCAUACCUAAUCGGACCAGUUGUUUUUGUGUGUUGCAGCAAUAAUCACCCCGUUGUUAUCCUUAAAUAUUGGGAGAGAACCAUGCAGAAUGCUUUGCAAACACCUUCUGAAGCCUUAUGGAUGUGCCUUCCAGUUAAAAAUCAGAUGAAAUAAUUAUAAUCUCUAUCCAGAUUGACAAUAUUACUUAUGAUAUUAGUGGAUACUAGUUAGUUUUAUUGAGUUUUUAAAUGUGAUUCCUUCUUAGUUGGAGCGUUGUAUUUAUGCGAGUGGAUUGCAUGAAUUUAAUGAAGGGUGUCCACUUGAUUGCAUGAAGACUUACUCUGUCAUUUCUUUUCUCUUUUUACCCUAAUCAAUAUGUUUUAUUUUGGGCCAUAGCGUUUUUAUUUUGUAUUCACUUUUGAGUCUUCCUUUUUAAAACUGUUUUACGAUAGCCUCAGCUAGUCGACACGAGACACGGUUUAUCUUUUAGGCAACGGCGCCUAAAAAUAAUGUUUAUAAGGGUCUUAAAUUUAAGAUCUUCUUGUUUUGUCAGAAAAGAUGUGAACCUAGUUUUCCAAUCAUUGUCAAUGUGGAAAGACUAUCUCUGCUGAUUGACUAAAUUAAGUCUUUCUUUCAACAACGUUUUGUGUUUCUGUGUCCACAUGUACGGUUCUUCCCCUGAAAAAAAAGAAAAAAGAAACUGCGCUACCCAACAAGCUAGCUAAAACCUUGCCUUAAUGCUAGAACUAACGAUUGUCAUGAUUAUCUCUUAUAAGCCAUACUGGCUGGACGGUUUGUGGGUAAAUGCAGAUAGCGAUCCAUUGGUUACAUGUUAUGAGAAGUGUUUUCAGCACAAUUGUCUUCUUUACUGUAUAUGCAUCUUAAUUUUCCAUCCCAUAGUCCACCUGCAUUAGUCUGUUACUUUGCUUACUGUAGGCCUGCGUGUUCGCUGGCGAAGUGGUCAAUCAACACAUGUAAACAUAUUCCACUUUUGCCAGCUAGUUAGCGCCACAGUAGACUUGGAGUUUUGCACUCACGCACGCCUGUCUGGCUGCUUGUUUGCCAUCUGCUGGUCUCCCAUUCCUACGAAAGCCUACAGUACAUGGGCACUGAGAAUGAACGACACACAAGCUUCACACUGGAAGACUUGCUGGCAGGAAGAAUGUGACAGUAGAAUGUGUCGAGGCUGAGUGAAGAUAUACCUCUAUGCAUAUGAGCUUGUGUUGCGUAAGUACUUGUAAUAAAAGUCCGUGUCCAUGUAAAAGGAUCUACUCUCCUCAGUUCAUAUAUAAAGGGCAAGUUAGGCGCUGGCUUGUAGCCUUUUAAGGGUACCAAGAAAAAGCCAUGUAUAGACCAUUUCAUCAUUUUAAACACUGAUGUUCUAAAUAAGGUCACAGAGAGUAUUGACUCGGCCAGGGGGUGUUGAUUAUUUUCAGAUAACCACACAGCUCUGACGUAGUUAACUGGUUUAGCUGUAAUUUUUGGAGUGGUAAAGUUGCAUUUAUUCUAAAGGUGCUUUCAGACUGAAUGCAGAGUGAAUUUUGGAAGCUCCAACAUCGCUUGUAAAAAUCAAUGGAUGCAAAUUCACGCCUGGGCAGCCCAGAUUUAGGCACAUCGGAGUGAGUCAAAGGGGACAUAUCAUGCUCAUUUUUAGGUUCAUACUUGUAUUUUGGGUUUCUACUAGAACAUGUUUACAUGCUUUAAUGUUCAAAAAACACAUCCUGUCUGUCUGACUAUACCUGUAUUCACCCUCCGUCUGACAUGCUCCGUUUUUAAGCACCUGUCUCUUUAAGAAACCUCCUCUCGAAAAAGCCCAGUUUGCUCUGAUUGGCUUGAGAGAAAUGUGACAUAGGAAGGGGAGCCAAAUCUGAAUGGCUUGUUGAAUUACAUGUUUUCUGAUCGAGACAGACCACAAAAAAAACGGACUUAUUUCACAGUUUGUGGGUCGGUAGGCGCUCCAGAUUACCCAAAUGUACUGUAUGUGCACAAGCACUGAAAAAGUGAGUUUUGUCAUGAUAUGUCCCCUUUAAAAAUGUUUCAACAUGUGGGGAAAAAAAAAAAAUCAUGCUUAUCCCAAAGAGUUCCAAUUCAUGAAAAUAGGGAGACAAGCAAACUACAAGUUGAGUCGUUAGAAAAAUAAAGAAUUAACAGGAAGUCGCUGGUAAGUUUUGAAAUCCGAGAUGAUGGCUAGCUUACAUUGAACCGCUGUGCAGUCAAAACAUGGACUAUUGAAACACUUUAGUAGAAGAAUUUGCACAUUAGUGCUCAGUCUGAACACCUUAAGGUUGGCUUACACACACAAAUGUUCUAUUUCAGUGCAUUGCCCUGAAAAAUUAAUUUGAAUUGCGGACAACAUAAGAGUCCGUGGUAUAAGCAGGAUAACGUUUGGCUAGAUUUAUCAAAAAAUAACUGCACAGCUCACUGUAAAUUAUCCCAUACUUCCACUUUAACGUCAGCCGUUACCAGGAGCGUGAACUGUAACAGAAGAAAAGCUUUAUUAUGGCGACUGGGGGGGUUUAUUGAUUUAGAAACUGCCACAAUGGAAUAAAACAGGGUUCUCUUUUCUUCUAAUGUACUUUUUUCCCCUCUGCAUUUCCCCCCAGAAAUUAGCAUUUAGCUUGUUACUUUCAUGUACUCUGUCCUUUAACUGUAUGCAAUUUCAAAAGAGGAUUGUGACACAAUGCUUAUAGCUUAGUUGAAUGUACUGUAUAAUAAUGAAAACACUACCGCUAGGAGUUAGCAUACAUAGUCGCCCUUUUGUUUCCCCAUCAUGUAUAUGAACUCUUUUCCAUGCAUCGAUUGCUGUUGGUGCAGUGUACUGUGUGUCAGCUUCGUUGUGCCGUUAGCGCUCAUACGACUGUAUCACUCAUCACUAUGUGCUUCACCUGCAGAAUGUGUAGGCCAGGACUUUGAUAUACAUACUGUAUGUAUGUAUGCAUAUGUGUGAUGUGAGGAGAGGUUGUUUUUUAGUGCGUUCAGCACAUACACAUGAACUAUAUACACACUCACCAGUGUAUUUAAUAUACCCUGAGUACUUUUAAAGUAUGUGGAAAAAGCAUGUACUGGGUGAGGAAGUGUAAUCCAUUUGAUUGAAGGCACAGUCAAAGACGAGGUCUGCUUAUGUUAUAGCAUGCAACAGCGUCCCCCAAAUGCCCAAAUAUCGUCCCAGCUCGCUGUUAGUAGAGGUUUUUGGCUGUGAAAAACCUUCCUUAACAUGUCAUGCAUAGAACUUUUCACAAGAAGAAACACAGUCCAAGAUAGACCAGAGGAUAAUUAAAUUAAAUCCGACCCAAAAUGUGGUCGACCCAAUCAUCUGUUCAGACAUUAGACGUGCGGAUCAAGCAGAUCGGGACUCUGCCCGAUCCAAUUCGAUUCAAUUUUGACCUUGGUUUCAAGGAACCAAGUGGACCUGUACAUGUAUUUUACUGUUUGUUAUGGGUUUAAUAAUGACAUAACUAAGUAUACUUGACCCCAAACUAGGAUAUCUCUACCUCUGCUGCUUUAUAUCCAUUUUUAAAAAAUCUGUUCCUCGCAAAUGACCUGACUUUAUGAAACACUAAAUCACUGCAGUGCCGCUUUAAGUGGCAUUUGCAGAGUUACAGUGUGACGUCUGUCGAUAUCGCAUCAUUUCCUGUUGGUACAUAUUGAUCUCUUGUAUAGUAACUGCUAAAACAACAUUUGGGGGCGCUGUUGUGCACUAUAACAAAAUCAAGGAGUGUGUCUUUUAAACUCCAUUCAUUUCAGUUCUGCUGUGAAGCACUCCCUUACUGUUACAGAGCAACAAUAUUACAAUACAAGAACACGGGUUACUCUAUAUUUGUAUAUUAAAGAAUCUAUAUAUAUGCCUAUAUAAACUCACAUAUAUAAAUGUAUUAGUCUGACCUGGAGGGGAUCUUUUUGUCUUUGAUAUGUCACAUUAAACAAAAAUGACCUCCUGUCAUCAUUUUACUACCAAAUAAUAGUGUUUGUGUGUGACUUCAUUUAUCUCCCGUUAGAUUUGACGAUGUUCUACUGAAGAAAACCAAAUGUCACCUGUACUCAUAUGUCCGCCACCACGUCAUCAUUUGACUGAAUCAUUGUAUGUGUUUUUUUUUUUUUUUGCCAAAGUCCCCUCCUUCCUCUCCAGUCUCCAUCCGUCAUGUGUCGAGCCAUGACGAUGGAUGAUGUUGUCCACACUGCAAACUAACCUGUAAAUAAACUUCAUAGUCUGAUGGCAUACAUUAGGGGAGUGGAAUACUUAUGUCAAAUUUCAACAUGGAGAAAGAUAUUUAUUUUAGUUCAGGAUUUUCUCCACUUUUUUUUCUUUUUGGUAUAUUUUUGGUUUUGGUUGUAAGUUAAUUUGCAUGUUUUUUUUUUCUUUUAUGAGUUUGUUGCCUUUUGAUUUUAGCAAAUUGUGUCUUUUUUCUCUUUUGGAGUCUGUGUAUUUCUAUCUUUUCGAUGCCUUUUCUUCAAAAGACAUCGCGUCAAAAGCAGAUCAAACCUGUUUUCUCCUGUUUUCACACAAACAAAUGUGGAUGGAAUCGACCCAGCCGGUUGAAGCAGUAAUGUUUUGAUACACUGUACUGUUAACAGUCACAGAUAUGCUUUUUCUAACAUUUUAACAUUUAUGAUUACCAAUACUUUGUACAUCUUUAUUGCAAUAAAUAAAUCAAAUGAAAUCA